AUGAAUUUGAAAAUCUUAUACAUUCUUUGCUUGUUAGUUCUUAGUAAAUUCAUAAUAAGGAAUUCACUAGCAUUUACUCCAUCUUCAGAUGUUGGAAUUUCUGCAGUCCUAAUGAAUUCCACAAUAUACUAUAUUGCAGAUGUGACUCAAACAAUUAGUAAUUCAUUUUUGAAAAAAAAAACAAUUAGCAAACCAUUUAAAACAAGCGAUUCAUCGUUGCCCUGGGUAAAUCUUACUCAAUUGUCGCAGACACUCCCGCCAUGUUCUUUUACUACGGCAACCCUUGUGGAUAAUAGGAUUUUUCUAAUCGGUGGUUUAUACGGAAAUGACAAUUUUAACAAAUCCAAUCUUAUAUUUUAUGUUUUUGACACGAAAAAGCAAACUUGGAAUCAAACAUUGACGAUAAAUCCACCAGCAAAUAGAAUAUCUGCCUCUUCAAUUUAUAACCCUAAAACGGGAAAGAUUUACGUUUUUGGUGGAAGAUUUAAUAGUAGUACUACAACUACAACUAGCGAUGCAAAUUCUGCGAAUUAUCCGCUUGAUAUGAAUAUAUUAAACCCCACGAACUAUCAAUGGUCUAAAGGAAGUUCAUUAAAUGCUCCAGCUGGACGUGACGAUCAAGCAGUCGUAUUAUUACCAUCUGGAUUAAUUCUUUAUAUUGGUGGUAGAACUCCGAACAAUGGAGGAUACAUUAAUCCAAGCAUGACAGAGCUUUAUGCUUAUGAUACAAAUACUGACACCUGGACAACAAAGAACACAAAAGGCUAUAAUCCAACUCCUCGUGGAAGUGCUCAAGCCGUAUUAACCGACGAUGGCCGCGUUAUAGUUUACGGUGGAGUAAAUGGUGGAGCUUCAAAUCUAUUAGGUUUACCAGUAGAUGAUGAUCUCGUUGUAUUAGACAUAGGAGAUUUCAGUUGGUCUCAACCAUCUAUAUCUACAACUCCGCCACCAUUAAGUAGAUAUCAAAUCGUAACAUUAGUAGGAUAUUAUUUAAUUGUAGCCUUUGGUCAAAUAAUGUCCGGAGGAACCGGGAUUUCAACUAGUAACGUAUAUGUUUUAGACGCAAGAAACAAAUCUGACUAUAAAUGGAUUACGAAUUUUGACCCUAAAAUAGCAAUAACACCUCUGCAAUCUAAUACAACUGUUUCACAAACCAGUACACCUAUAUCUAGUGGUAAUUCAGAAAAAGCUAAUAUCGGUUUAAUUAUUGGAGUUAUAAUUGGGGCGAUUAUACUAAUUGCGCUUGGAAGUACAUUUAUAUGGUAUCGUUAUUUUAGAUUAAAAAACGUUAUACCUACCUAUGGUGAUAAUAAAGAAAUCUGA